UUUUGGCCGCAAUUUCGUCCAACUAUUUGUAUGGAAAGUAUAGAAUACAUCAAAACAAACAAAUUGUGGCAAAUGUUCAACAGAUGAGACCAAACCUGUCGAUGAGAUGCGCUCACAUGAGUGAUGGCAGUGUCCUAACCAUCGAUCAGGUCUCCAGACAAUACGCUAAUUGGUUUGCAAAAGUACUCAAUUUAGACGGCAAUUAUCCCGACGGCAAUUAUAAUGUUUCGUUGGGUUCGGGUGUGGCUCUGGACCGCACCGGUUAUAUACUGACCAAUUGUCAUGUGGUGGGAGAGUCGUCGCUUUUCUACAUCGAGCGAUUCAUUGCGGACCGCAGGGGUGUAGUCGACGGCCGCGGCCUACAGGCGAACAGUAUUGGACGCGUCGUAUAUUGCUGUCCGCAGUUAGACAUCGCGGUCGUCCACUCGGAGUGCUCCGAAUUACGCGACAUUAAACCAUUAGAGUUCGCGGUCAGUGCACACGAUGGCGAACACGUGAUGUCUAUCGGAAAUCCUUUAGUUGAUUAUAGUGUAUGCGAUGGUGUGGUCAGUGCUGCCGGUCGUGGAGGCCUCGAUUGGCCCGACCCGUCAGGUUUUCGUGUAAACCACACGAAUCCCUUGUUUAUGGGUUUCUCUGGCGGUCCGUUGAUUAACAUGAGUGGACAGUUGGUUGGCAUCAAUUACGGCACAUCGAGUGAAGAGUUUCCGGACAGUUUUGCCAUCAGUACCGCAGAUUUAAAAGUUGUUUUAAACGAUAUGAAACUGUUUUUCGAGAAGAGACACACAUAUAGUGCGGAGAAAUCAUUGGGAUUAGCGCUCAGACCAAUGACCAGUGAUUUGUGGGCAACGCUUUUCGGAGCAGAUGCUGAAUGCACUAUAAAUGAAGGGCUUUUAGUUUUGAGAAAAUUAACCACAAAUUCAGUGUCGAUUCCG